AUGAAUCUUUUUCAGGUAUACGACUGCUCUGCUGAAGCAACUGCCAUGAAGCAUGCCUCAAAAUGUGUUCACCGACAUUCCAAAAGCUCCGAACGGCCGGGACUCGGUGAGAACCUGUUCGAGACAACUGCACUGAAACUUGAUAAAGUUAAAGCAGCAGCACAGGCAUCUAAAUUGUGGUGGGACGAGCUGAAAGAGUAUGGCGGUGGUCCGUCAAACAAUCUAACGGUAGCUCUGUUCAAUCGUCCCAAUACCAAAAUCGGUCACUAUACCCAAAUGGCUUGGGAGACUUCCUACCGACUCGGAUGCGCGGUCGCUCACUGUCCAUCCUUUACUUACGGUGUCUGCCAUUACGGACCUGCGUAA